AUGUCAGCAGCUUACCAAGUCCUCAGCGAUCCCAAGCAAAGAGCGGACUUUGACCGCUUCGGGAAGGGCGCCGAGCACGUGCCGGAUCCAAAUGAUGAGUGGCGGCAGGGCCUCAAGAAGGCGAAGAAAAUUGUCACGGCCACCGAGCAGGAGAUCACGAGGCUGGUGGCUCGAUCAAAAAAGAUGAGCAAGAAGCUGUCGGCCGAGAUGCAGAAGCUCAUCCAGAAGCUCCAAAGCGAGCCAAAGUACGUGGCUGCGAAGCGCUUCGUGGUGGACUGUGCCGCUGAAAGGGCCAAGCAGCGGCAGGAGCUCCUGGCCAGCUUGGAGGCUGCCGCAACGCGGCCAGCCGACCCGGACGUGGAGGCGCGGAUGUUUUUGCGCUGCUCUUAA